UGCGCAAGAUAUACAGUAGGUGGCGGUAAUACUCCUAAGGAGUGAACGGCCAUUGAACACAAAGAAGAAUACAUUGGAAAAGGAAGUGUCCUGCCUUUACGGAGAAUAUUUCUCUUUUCCAGAUACGUAUGUGACUAGUUUGGGCGCCGACCUUCUUGAAUCUGAGCAGAUUGAGAAUCAGCUAUUUUCUUGAAAGCAGCGGUGGCGGGUUUUUCCUCAGAUGGUUUGCUAGCAGGAGCGCCUUUGACCGGACUCUCGCUACAAAACAGCAGAACUACCAAAUCAGCCGCGUAAUAUUUGCCUUUCAAAACGAGUUAUAACGGGAAGUAAAGGUUUAAAGGCCUUAUUUAUUGAGUUAAUUUAACCGUAACCGUUUAACUGCUUUAAUUUAACCAUAAAGCCACAGUAUUUUAUUCUAGCAGCUAACCGCACGCACUGUACAAUAAUAUAACCGAUAAAUGUCUCCAUGACAACGCGUGUGUGUUGUAGUAUUGAGAGCAUCAACCGCUACCAUUACACAUCUGAGUCUGUAGCAUGUUUACUCGAUGCUGAAGGAGAUGUUUAUACAGCACAACCUGCUGACAGACAUUAGGUAGCUCUGGAUAGCGACGCAUCGAGGUCCAGUAUGAAACACGAUACAUCUGCGCUUCAGUAACCGUGACUGGAGGCUCAGGAGAGCCUUCAUUAUGUACGCUAGCUGUGUCAUCGUCCUGUCGAUCAUCUCCACCUCUCGAGACUGAUAUUUUCUGCCUUUUUUUGACUCGUGAUCCACCAAGUGUUGCACAAUGGCGGGUGUUGGGGUCAGCGUGCUGUCGCAGGGUCAGCUGCCGUCUGCAUCCUCCAACUCCUCGCCCACUGAUCCUGAUACCCGGGGCUGCUCAAGCGGGGACUUCAUGGACUCCUUUGGCAUCUUCCUGCAGGGCCUUCUGGGAGUGGUGGCCUUCAGCACCCUUAUGUUGAAACGCUUCAGGGAGCCCAAGCAUGAACGGAGACCCUGGAGAAUCUGGUUUCUGGACACCUCCAAACAGGCCAUAGGGAUGCUGUUCAUUCACUUUGCCAAUGUCUACCUGUCUGACCUCACAGAGGAGGACCCAUGUUCACUAUACCUGAUCAACUUCCUUUUGGAUGCGACACUGGGCAUGCUGGUGAUCUAUGGCGGCGUGAAGGCCGUUAGUGCUGUGGUUGAAUGGAGACAGUGGGAUUCGCUGCGUUUUGGAGAGUAUGGCGAGCCGGUUCAGUGCAGUGCCUGGGUGGGUCAGUGUGCUCUCUACAUCCUCAUCAUGAUGUUUGAGAAGGUCAUGAUCAUGUUGGUCCUCCUUCUCCCACAGUGGAAGAAGCUGGCUACACUCAACCCCAUAACAAACCCUCAUCUGGAGCUAGCUAUCGUCAUGCUAAUCGUCCCAUUUUUCGUGAACGCUCUGAUGUUCUGGGUGGUAGAUAACUUCCUAAUGAAGAAGGGCAGAACAAAAGCCAAAUUGGAGGAGAGGGAAGCAGAAGAUGACCCUCGUGGCAGCAGCAAAGUGCGCUAUAGACGGGCAUUGUCACACGAUGACUCUGAAUCAGAAAUUCUGUUUUCUGCAGAUGACGAAAUGGAGGAUUCAGAUGGUGACGACGAUGUACGAAGACUCACAGGGCUCAAGCCUGUUAAGAAAAAGAAGCACCGUCUUGGUAUUCCAGUUUGAAUUCAAAUCAAUUUAGACUUGAGGCCUCCCUCAUUCUCAUGACCUCACCUCAUUUACCUGAACAUGGAUCAGAAAGUGAGAGGCAUGAAGGCUAACUCAGCCUAUGAUUUGUGAGGUAAAGGACCCAUGCUCUGGUAGACAAACACAAGAGAAGCCUCCGGACAUCACUAAAAGGUUUUUUGCUACCCUAUGUCAAAGGGUUUUGGCUUAAUGAAGAUGAUCAGACCAUAAUAUUUUCAGUCUGUCAAGGUUUUUUGUGCACAUUCAUAAUUCAGUACGGCGGCUCCUUUGUCAUGCUUAAAGAACAUGUGAUUCUCCAGUGGAUAUACAACACAACUACAUCUCCUCCUCUCAUCUGUCCAGCCUUUGAACUGCACAAAGCAAUUCAAAACCUUUUAAAAAGUGUCUACCUUACAAAUAACAUACUGUUGUUCAACUGAAAUAAGUACCUUUAACCAUAUGCAUGUGACUGAUCACACUGACUUGGGCAAACCGUUCAAGGUCACUCGAAGUUGAUUCCAAAGUGUGUUUGUGAGUGUAGCUGCAGCAGAGAGUUUUGUGCGUGUCAGCUGUGAGGAAACUGUGCUAAUAAAUGUUACAGAAUAACAUUGGUCAGCAGUUAUGAGCCAGCACUAUAAUACAGUUGGUACAAUCUGCUUGCAAUGUGUGGUUUUAACCAUUCGGCAGCAGACGAUUUGAGAUGGUACGUAAAUCCAGGGAUGGCUGUUUCAGACCCCUGACUGGGAUGGUUUGUCUUACUGUUUGGCUUGUCAACGUGUAUCUGCCUCAAUUCAGUGUCGCUGUGUUCUAACACUAAUUUUUCC